AUGGCUGCUGACGACGAUACAGACGUUUUUGAAAUUACAGAUUUUACAACAGCUUCUGAUUGGGAAAGAUUCAUUGCUCGUUUGGAGGAAAUCCUACAUGAGUGGAGAUUAGUCAAUCUACCUGCCUUGCCUCCUGUGGCUAAAGGUGAAUUCACUUCAGAAACAUGGGAGGAACGUACAGAUGAGCUCCAGUUUGUAGAUGUAAAGUUUGAUCUUGCUUAUCAUUACCUGAAAUCUGCUGAAGGUACAGUUGCUGAGAAAACUCAAGAACAGGAUGAACAGGAUGAGACAAAAAAAGAUGCCACUCCUACUGUAUUUGAAGAUAUGAUGUCAAUGGAUAAUGACUUUCCAUCUCGAGCUCAUUGCCUUUGUAGAUGGUAUGGACUUCGUAAUUUUAUUGUUCUCGCCCCCAAAUCAAAUGCCGAUAUAAUUGAUAUAGAAAGCCGGGCCAAGUUGUUGCUUAGUUCUAUCACAAUUGCUUUGGGAAAUACAGGGUGUUCUGUCCCCAUGUUUGUCCAGAUCCAGCAGAAAUGGCGUCGUCUGUACACAGGCACAUGUGUUUUACCAUCAGCCACAAUCUCGUUCGACAUGGCACAUUUGAAACGUCUUCCACAACAGUGCACUCAUUUGGCUGGAUUACUUGAUGUUUUCAAAUCAGAACUGGGCCAUGCUAUUAAUCCAAUGCCUGCUGUUGCUGUUUCUGUCCGAUUCACCUAUAUUCUCCAGGAAUGGAUCCAUUCAUCCUGGCCUCAAACUCCACCAGAUUUUUCCAUUAUGGGAGAUGAAGAAGUUGGUUGUACUGGAUUUGGGACUUUACCAUUUGGUGCUUGUGAAGACCCAGUGAGUGAACUUCAUCUCUCUUGCACUUGGCCUUGUCUUUCAGAAAAUAUCAUAGUAGAAAACCAAGUUUACACGGAUCUGGACCCUCUACAAGCUCCUCAGUGGUCAGUACGAAUUGCUAUGACUGAAGAUUCUCAAUGUCUUCUAAAUGAUUAUCUAAGUGAAUUCAUGUCUUUGUGCAGUAAUAAAAAAGCUAUGAGUGAACUGUAUACACCUGAAGAUGAAUCAAUGGCUAAGACAAAACUGAAAAAAUUGAAAAAACGCAUUAAAAAUAAAGGAAGAAAAUGGAAAUAUGUUUAUUCGUAUGGUAAAGUGAUCCUUUCACAACAUUUCGAUCCGUCUGCUGAUAUAAGCCAAGCUUUAACUCGUCUCACAGAACCCACUGUACCCACACUGUCAUCAGUGAUGUCACAAGCUAGUAAUAAAGCAAAGGUCAAAACCCAUGAAUGUCCUAUUCCUGGACCCUUAUUCAAUGAAAUGAUUUUUUUUCUUUUUCCCGAUGCAAGACCCAAAGAAAAUGAUGGCAGUGAGAUUCAGUCUCCAGAAGAUUUAUUUGGGGUUCCUAUUUCCAGGGCAGAGCUGAAACAGGAACUUGCAAAACAAUUGAAGUCUGCCCCUCUCGACUGCUUGACUGUACGUCUUGCUACUUGUGUGUGUAUCAUAAAUAAGAAUCAUGGAGGUUGGAAAGCAGUAGCUCAGCUGUGGCAGGAAGUAAUACUAGAAUUACGUUAUCGACUUGAGAACAAUUUUCUUAUUUCAGGUAUUGAAUGUGGUCCACCUAAUAUGGGAAGCUGUAUUUUGCAUCAGAAACUUCAGAUGUUAAAUUGCUGCAUUGAAAAAAGAAGAAAACGAGCCCUUCAGUCAAUGGAAAGAGCUGCUCCAGAUGGCUCAUUUGAUUCUUCCCCAAGGCGAAUGCGUCAUGGCAGUGGUGAUGAGACUUUACAUGACUCUCCCAGCCAUAGUGCUGUAGUCGCCUCUGAGAAGUGUCCACGUUUCUCCCCAUUGAUGAAGCGUAAUCUCAUGAGACCAGACUCUCGUACUUCUCUUGGAAUUGAGAGUUGUUCAGGAAGUGAUGAAGAAUUCUUUGAUUGUGAUGAGAGCCAAAAGGAGAGCGAGAUUGACAUGGAAACAAGUGAAUCACAGAGUUCAACCAGUGUCAGCCAGGAAUUAGGAGAGAAGGAGGCUGUGGCUGCCACAGAACCCGAGGGAAGGCUUCGUCCAUUUGGAAAUGUCAAACUGAAGAAUAGCAAUGAAAUUCUUUACAUCCCUAUUACCCAGGAACCGGCACCAAUGACUGAAGACAUGUUAGAAGAACAUGCAGAAGUUCUUGCCAAACUCGGUACUUCAGCUGAAGGGUCGCAGUUGAGGGCCCGAAUGCAAAGUGCGUGUCUUCUUUCAGACAUGGAAUCUUUCAAGGCGGCUAAUCCUGGCUGUGUUCUGGAGGAUUUUGUCAAAUGGUAUUCUCCUAGGGAUUGGAUCGAAGAAGAAGUUGAGGAGAAUGGUGUAACAGUUGUAAAAGGUCAACUUAGUCAAAGAAUGCAGAUUCCUGGCAACAUGUGGUCAGAAGUAUGGCAGAAUGCCAGAUCUGUGCCAGCUAGCAGACAGAAACGUUUGUUUGAUGAUACUAAAGAAGCAGAAAAGGUCUUACAUUUCCUGUCAUCUCUGAAGCCUCCUCAGUUGGCUGAACAUUUAUUACCUGUUCUCAUCCAUGCAGCCAUUAUCAGAAUUAUCCAAGAAGAAGAUGAAGAACUUCCCAAAUUGAAACAACUUAUCAACCAGAUUGUUGUUAAGUCAGCCAAAGUGACUCGAGCAAGCAACCAAACAUCACGGAAAUAUGAAGAUCUUAUUCAAUUGAUUUCAUUGGCUGAGACUGUGAUUGCUCGUGCCAAAUCCCUAAAGACCAAAUUUACAAAGGAUCUAUUGGACCAAAAAGAAGCUGAAGAAGAACUGACUCAUUUUGUGUCGAGUUUGUUACAACAACCAGAAGUAGCUGUUCGAGGAGGACCAUGUGGACCAGCAGGAUCAGUCAUUCAUAAACUUUUUGUUGCUGCACAAAAGGCGUCUCAUCUUGUGCUAGAAGACGAUUUACCUGAAGAACCAACCACCCCAAGUCAUUGUGCUGACUCUGAAGCUAGCAAACCUCCAAGUACUGUGCCAGAUUUCCCAGAAGCAAGUGCUCGUGAAUAUAUUCUUCGAACCAUUAUUCCCCGUCCAGCUCCAUACUCACGACCCCUACCCCAACGGAUAUCUAAGUUCUUUCUUUUCUUCUCUGAUGAUCUUUAUUUUCUUUCUGAUGUAUCAAUUGCAGCUACUACUACAUCUACUACUACAUCCGCUACAACUACAUCCAUUACUACAUCCGCUACUACUACUACAUCUGCUACUACUACUACAUCUACCACUACUACAUCUGCUACUACUACUACAUCUACCACUACUACAUCUGCUACUACUACUACAUCUGCUACUACUACUACAUCUACCACUACUACAUCCGCUACUACUACUACAUCUACCACUACUACAUCUGCUACUACUACUACAUCUACCACUACUACAUCCGCUACUACUACUACAUCUGCUACUACUACUACAUCUACCACUACUACAUCUGCUACUACUACUACAUCUACCACUACUACAUCCGCUACUACUACUACAUCUGCUACUACUACUACAUCUACCACUACUACAUCCGCUACUACUACUACAUCUGCUACUACUACUACAUCUACCACUACUACAUCUGCUACUACUACUACAUCUACCACUACUACAUCUACUACUACAUCUGCUAAUACUACAUCUGCUACUACUACUACAUCUGCUGCUACUACUACAUCUACCACUACUACAUCUACUACUACAUCUGCUACUACUACAUCUGCUACUACUACAUCUACCACUACUACAUCUGCUACUACUACAUCUUCUAUUGACUCUUUGGCUGCCACCCAGUUGCAACUUUAG